AGCCAUAGUACGCAGUACUAUGUCAGUACGCAGGAUGUUUUUCACUUUUGAAAAGCGAGAGAAGAACAGUGAGUUUAAUUUCAUUCAGGAGCUGAAACUGUAUGAGCCCUUUUUAUUCACCGCUGGGAUCUCAGCUGAGUUGGAGCUGAUUCUCUAAACGAAGCACAAAACAAACAGGCUGAGUGUCUUUAAGUGUAAAUAAGAUCAGAUUCUUUACUCCCACCAGAACAGACAGACAGUCACGCUGGGCUACUGUCCAUUUAAAAGUGAAAGUAGUGCAAAAGAGUUUCAUCACUUAAUUUAGAAGCUGAAACUCUGAGUUCUUCCACAUUUUACUCUCUGUUUGUAGUUCAGUUUGAGCUUCUUUUGGAGAUUCUGAUCCUUUUAGCGUUUGUGAAAAAGUUCUCUUUACUGGAACACAGCUGCUCCGUCAUCCUGGUUGUCAUCAUGCCAACAGCAGAGGCAGCUGUGAUUGAUCGUGAGAUGAUUGACUGCUUUAAUCAGAUUGCUCAAGACCCAGAAUGCCGUGUGGUUGUCUUCUCAGGUGCCGGGAAGGUUUUUAGUUCAGGUAUCGACCUUAUGGACGUGGUCGGUGGUUUACUGCGGCCUGAAGGAGACGACACCGCCAGGAUAUCAUGGAAACUUCGCCAGAUCAUUGUCUCAGGCCAGGACACCUUCUCAGCCAUCGAAAAGUGUCCAAAGCCCGUGGUGGCCGCGGUGCACGGAGCGUGUGUUGGAGAAGGAGUGGAUCUGAUCACCGCCUGUGAUAUUCGUCUCUGCACACAGGACGCCUGGUUUCAAGUGAAGGAGCUGGACAUUGGCUUGGCGGCAGAUGUUGGAACUUUGCAGCGUCUUCCGAAAGUGAUCGGCAGUCAAAGCUUGGUGAAUGAAUUGGCUCUCACUGCGAGGAAAAUGUACGCGGAUGAAGCCAAGAGCUGUGGCCUGGUCAGCCGCAUGUUCCCUGAUAAAGAGACCCUGAUGGCGGGAGCGCUGGAGAUUGCAGUAGAGAUCGCAAGCCGGAGCCCCGUUGCUGUCCAAGGAACCAAAAUCAACCUCCUCUACGCCCGAGACCACAGCGUGAGGGAGGGCCUGGAACAUGCGGCUAUGUGGAACAUGAGCAUGCUGCAGACUGAUGAUGUUAUGAAGUCAGUUCAGGCAAUCUUGGAGAAGAAGAGUGUCAAAGAAGUUCCUUUCUCCGACCUAUGAGGUGAGAAGAUCCGGUUCAGGCGGCCUCUUUAGGGACGAUGAAGGCUUCCUGUUCAUUCAUCUCUGAUCCACAAAGCUUCAGCAUCAAGAUUACUUCAGUUCUUCAUAGCACUUAUAAAAAAACACUUAGAUUCUAACAAUUCAGAAGCAAAACAAAACUGGUCUAAAAUGGUAGAAACAGAAUAGUAUGCAGCGUAACUGACCUGAUAAUAACAGUCUAAUGUUUGCUUUUUGGUGUUUAAACAAUAAAAGUUCUGUACUAAAUUA